UUAUCAAAUUUUCUUUAGAUUUUUUGAUCUGGGGUUGUUAUGGGUAUAGAUUAGUUUUGUGGGUAUACUUGGAUUGAUACAAUUUCAUAUGGGAUUGCUUUGAUUGAAAGAAGUAUUGAGUUUGGAUCUUGUGUUCAAGUUUUCUUUUUUCAUGAUACUUGUAAUUGGUGAAGAAGAAGGUAGGCUUGUGAACAUAAGGUGUGUUCUCAGGCCAUUGUUUGAGCAAAAGGUUUUACCUUUUUGCAUCCCAAGAGAUAGGUGGGAUAAAGAGUUUUAUAAUCUACAGGGUGGAUAGUAGUAACUUGUUUGAUUUGGUAAAUCUUGAAAGGCAAUCAAAAUACUAAAUUUUGAAGAUGGGUUCUUCUUCACAAGGAUCUAGUUUGUCUACAAAUGUGGCAGGGUAUAGAGAGGUUUCAGUUUUUGAUGGUUUGCCAAUAUAUGUGAAGGAACUGAUUGCUGGAGGAGCUGCUGGUGCAUUUGCCAAGACUGCAGUUGCACCAUUAGAGCGUGUCAAAAUACUUUUGCAGACAAGAACCGAAGGAUUUCACUCCCUUGGAGUUUAUCAAUCUCUAAAGAAGCUGCUGAAGCAUGAAGGCGUUAUUGGAUUUUACAAAGGAAAUGGAGCAAGUGUUCUCAGGAUUGUCCCAUAUGCUGCCCUUCAUUACAUGACGUAUGAGCGAUAUCGAGGGUGGAUAUUGAAUAAUUACUCUGCCUUAGGAACAGGACCUGUUGUAGAUCUUUUGGCUGGCUCAGCAUCUGGAGGAACUGCAGUUUUAUGUACAUAUCCCCUAGAUUUGGCUCGCACCAAACUGGCUUAUCAGGUCAAGGGUACAAGAGGAAAUUUGGGGAAUGGCGUUAGACCAUCUCAUGUUCAUCCUCAAUAUAGUGGCACUAAAAAUGUCCUACAGGCUGUCUACAAGGAAGGAGGACUCCGUGCACUUUAUCGAGGUGUAGGGCCAACCCUUAUUGGUAUUCUUCCUUAUGCUGGAUUGAAGUUUUACGUUUAUGAGGAGUUAAAGAGGCAUGUUCCGGAAGAGCAUCAGUCCUCCAUUUUGAUGCGUCUCUCUUGUGGAGCUAUAGCUGGUUUAUUGGGUCAGACAUUUACAUAUCCAUUGGACGUGGUUAGGAGGCAGAUGCAGGUAGAGCAUCUGCAACCUUCACUGCAAGACAGAGCCAGAUAUAGGAACACAUUUGAUGGGCUUUCUUCAAUUGUUCGUAAUCAAGGUUGGAGACAAUUGUUUGCAGGGCUCAGUGUUAAUUAUAUGAAGAUUGUUCCCUCAGUGGCAAUUGGUUUCACAGCAUAUGAUACAAUGAAGGCGUGCCUUCGUGUUCCUCCCAGGCAGAAAUCAAAAUCCAUAUCAGCUGCAUAAAUACACCCCAAUGGUGACAACAACUCACAUAGUUCUGUAUAAAAGCUUUGAUGAUCAUGAUUACCAAAGAGGAAGAGUAUGCGUUUAUGGCGUGCACAAAAUUCUUGCUAUGUGUGAGGUCUCGAGAAGGGUCGGACCACAUUGGCUAUAUUUUACACAGCCUUACUUACAUAUAAAAAGAUUUACCUAAACACGUCAUUUUACUAGUUGUCUCUCUUCCUCCAUCUUCCUUCUAACCAGUGCAAUGUAGUUCU